AUGCUGAGAGAACUAGACAAGGCGCUCUUGGGGUUCUGGUUGUACGUCGCCGGACAGCUCUUCCCGGGUCAACAUGCUCACGUCCGACGACCCCAAGGAUGGCGACCCUUUGCGCUGCGUCCCUUCUACCUUUCCUUUAUCGCCGGCCUCAUGAUCCUGAUGCUCAUCACCAUCGAGACCCUCCGGCGAUACACCGAACAGAAUGGCGGACUCGUCUUCUUGCAGGACACUCAAUCCGUCAGCUGCUCCAUCUCGUUCGCUUACAACUACGUCCCGAUCAUCGUCGCUCUCGUUCUGGUCACCCUGUGGUCCUUCAUCGACUUCGACGUCCUCCGUCUUGAACCGUAUUUCCAACUCGCCCGCCCGGACGGCGUCCCCGCAUCCGUGCUCUUUAUCAACUACAAUUUCGGCCAGACCUUCAUCACGCCGCUGACCUCCGCCAAACGAGGUCAUUGGGUCGUUUUGUCCGUUUCCCUGCUCACCGUCUUGAUUCGCAUGUUCCUGCCUGCCCUGCAGAGUACUCUCUUCGAGUUGCGCGAAGUGGAGGUCCUUACCAAUGAGACGAUGAAAACCUGGCCCGAUCUGGUCGAUCUCUCCACCCAAGCCAGCUGGAUUGCCGCUGAAGAACGCGAUGAUUUCGAUUCGGUCGAGUCCGUCUUCUCGUCCACAGGAGAUCUGCGUCGAUCCCGUUCGAAUCGCUAUGCCAUCGCCCCCGUCGAAAUUCCCAUGGAUGAUCGGCGAGAAAGCACCGUGUGGACGGUUAACCAGACGAUCUACUGGUCCGACCUGGCCUGCCAUAACCUGCUGACGGAUGCGGAUGUUCCGUUGACUCUGAACACCACUGAUCCCGAUUUCCCCCUGGUGUCGUGGAACGUGACAGGGGUCCAGCUUGAUAAUGCCACCCACGACUGUCUAUUGGAUUUUGCCUAUGAAAGUAUUCUCUUUCCCGACACCGAUUUUUUGCAGGUCCGCUAUUGGGAACCAGUGCGGUCGGCCGAAUUGUCCACUCCGGACGAGGGCCGCCGAGCUUUCGCCGCUCGAGGCUGCGAACCCUACGACAUUUACGGCGUCCUCAUCUCUGUGAACGCGACGGCGCACAACGCCCCCGAAAUCACCGCUAUGGGGCCGGUGUCCACCUCGAAGGCUACCCUGUUUGCCUGCAAGGUGGACUACCACAAGGCUCUCGCCGAAGUCUCCAUGCACGCGAACAGCUCCAUCACCUCGAUCAACGUUACCUCGUCUACGACCACCAGCCUAACAGCGGAGCAAUUCAACAUCCAGGAGUUCCAGGGCCUCCUCGCCCAUCGCGCCCCAUACACGAGUGACCUUCUGUUCAUUCAAUACAACAGUACGAGCGGUGAUCGCAUGAUCACGGAACUUCCCGUGGUCAGCCAGGAUCUGGGAGACCUUGAACCGGUCUUGGUACUGGAUACCUCGACCGUCAUGGCCAGUGAUGAGUUCCUGUCCAAGGUGACCAGGGGGGUGAGGCAGAGUUUCGUGCUCACCAUGGGUCGGCUUUUCAACCCGGAUGCCCCGCCAGCGGUUGUGCCAGCAUGGCGACUCACCCGCCAAGUCGCCAUCGCCGUUGUCGCGUUCGCUGCCCUAUGGUCCGAAGUCAUCCUCCUGCUGGCCAUCUGUUUGGUGGUAAUCAUGUUCUAUUUCUACCAGACGCGUCCCAAUAUCCUCCAGAGUGAUCCAGGUUCCAUUGGCGCAAUGUGCAGCAUGGUCACCGACCUCUUCGGUCCCUCCAACAUUCUCGCCGAAGCGAAUUCCGAACUCGACAAGUUUUCGACGCGACGAUUGCGGAUGCUCCUUCGAAAUUAUCGUCUAUACUGGAGUGAAGGGCCGUUGGGAAGACGGGUGGAGAUUGUGAAUACUGAUAAUUCCCCGCCGAACCUCACCGACCGGCUGCGCAAUCGGGUCGAUCCACGGCCUCAUUUCCUCGUCAUCCCCAUAUUCAUUAUCGAGUUCCUCCUCCUCGCGGCGGUGAUCGUGACCAUGGCGUUGAUCAUUGCAUCCAUGGCGCACAAGGGCAGCUUCCAGCAUCUGACCCAGUCGGAUUCAAGUUUCUUCCAGGUGGUUUUGUCCUUCAUGCCGUCGAUCGUUGCCUCGGCCGUGGGAUCUCUGUGCAAUUCCAUCCACCGAAAUGUGAGCAUUCUCGAACCCUGGGUCCAUCUCCAACGGGGGAUGGCCUCGGCACGGACCUCCCUGUCCAUGAACUACGCUGCCCAAACCCCUUGGGCCGUCUUUUUCAAGACCAUCCGGGACCGCCAUGUUCUGUUGGGCCUGGUCUCGUUCGCCUGCAUGGUCAAUACGGUCCUCACGGUCGUUGCCGGUGGUUUGUUUACGCAGGAACUCAAGACGUCCUACAUACCAACCCAAUCGGUGCUCACCAACUACAGCAAUUCCAUCUUUAAACAGACCGACUUUGCGGCUGAUUUCACCGAGUAUGACCUUAUCCAGACGAGCAUCACCAGUGGCGUAUCACUACUUCCAUGGACAAUCUCCAACCAGUCAUUUGUGCCCCUGAAGAUCAACGACCCCGACCCCGAUGUUAUGUAUGGCGCUCGAACGCUCGGAAUUGGGGUCGACCUAAACUGCGAACAGUUGGACAUUCGUUCCAGCCUUGUCGUUGACCCCGCCAACAAAUCAACCUUUUGGCACUAUAGCCCCUUUUAUAACGCCAGCCGGGUCUGUCGGGUCAAUAUGUCAUCGCUCAAGCACGAGGGCGGGAUCUCCCUUUCGAUCCAUUUUCUUUCCCCGGACGCCCAUGAAGACAUGGACGACUGUCAAACCUCGACCGUGAUGGUCGUGGGCCGGUGGAACUACACAGCCAACACGCCUAUCACCGAUGCGAAUACCGUUGCAUUACAAUGUGAACCCAUUGUGCGACUUGAUGACUUCUCCGUCUUCUUUGAUCAGCGGGGCCAGAUCCAAUCUUACGACCCUAUUCCUCACAGCUCCAUCUUGUCCGGACCCAUGUACGAAAAUGCAACGAUUAGUUUGGGGCAGUUCAACAAGGUGUUUGCCGCUAUCCCUCAGAGCUUCAUGAGUGAAACGAGCCCUAAUGGGUCUUACGUCUCGUCUUAUGAUUGGGCUGGUUUCCUGGUGGCUCGGCUCUACAAGCAACGCGAAGCGAGCAUCAGCUCGCUCGACCCGAUCGCCCUCAUGGACAUGUCUCAAGUUGUCUAUCAAUGGGUCUACAGCACCUAUUUCUCCCUCUGGCGGAGCAUCUACCUGGAGCCGCUGGCAACCCCGCACACGGCUCCAAAUGCCACAGUCGUCAACCAAACCUGGACUAUGGUUCCCUCGGUUCCCUCCUUGGCUAUUGCGUUGGUCAUCAUCGCGCUCGACACGCUGGUCGUGCUCCUCGUGUUUGGGACCCGACGCGGACGGUUCGAGGGCCCGCGGAUCCCACGCUCGAUUGGUGCGGUGAUGCCUUGGAUUGCGCACAGCCGAAUGCUGGAUGACUUCCGAGGGACAUACUCGUGGACGAGUAUCCAGCGUCGCAUCCAUCUGAACCGACUGAACAAGCGGUAUGGUUUUCGCAUGUUUUCGGGGUCUGAUGGCCGCUGGCGGUACGCGGUCGAGGAAGAGCCUCUCGUCGAGGAAUCCAAGCCCGCGCCGACUCCGGCACCGUCGGUUGAUCCGACGAAGCCACCGGAUGUCGUGGAACUUCAGGUGAUUGCGGAGAGUCCGCCUCCGCGUUGCCCUAAUGAAUAA